UUCGGCGGAUCAGGACUUGUCUUAGGACUCGGUGACUGCCUAUAUUUCAGUUAUAUCUUGUGCUUUGCCGCCUCAGUCUCCAGAUAGUAUUGCUAUGGGCAAGUUUUGGAACAUGCGAAGCAGCAAUGCCACAUCUCAUCAAUCAAGCAUUUACAUAUCAUCAUAAGCAGCGUUUACGGAAUCAGAGACAUAGGAUCGUUAAGGUCACGAAUCAGACAUGAGAGAGGGGCCGUCUUGUGCACGAUUCAUCGAGCGAUUAAACGCGAAGGCGCGGACUGCAUAAGCUGCGAUGAAAACAUUUAAUCAGAUGGUUAGUUCGUGCCAGAGUUUCAUACAACAUAUAAACCAGCGAAUUCACGUUCAUAUUCCCGAAGUGACUGUGUGACAAGCAGGAGUGGGAGGAGCGAGGAGGAGCGUGAGCGAUGCGGUCAGGUGAUCGCAUCGUGACAUACACCACGUGAGUGUGACACUACGCUAUUGUUCCCUACCGGACUGCCACCUUAUUGUGGUCCAUUUUGAUCUAUGGACCUUCUCUGGCAGCCCUUAUAAGCGACGCGUCGGCGCCAUGAAACCGCGUGCCAUUUCCGCUUAGGGCCUGCUUCUGGCUAUCACACGCUCGCCCUCUCAUCAGACAACAAAGCCCGAUCUACAUACACCCGGGAUUUCCGACACCAUGAUAUUAUCUAGCUCUCUGUAUACACCCGAGUGCGACGCGGUCCGCGUGGGACCCGUCCCCUCGUGGCCAUCCAGUGCCCCGUGGCUCGACGAGCUUCCCAGUGAAUCGGGCGCCCUUCCGCAGGACCCCAUCUCAGAUUUCAACUCAUCGCAGAAGAUGCUGAUGCUGCAGCUCGCCAGCAACGCCGAGUGUGAGGAUAGUGUGGCCAAGGUACGGUGCCGGGAGUACGUGCAGAAUCAACGAGCCCUGGGCGUCUCCUCCUACCUCCCCCUCCCCGACUGGGAUGUCUACGCGCCGAUCGAUUGUGAUUCGGCCUCGACCGGAGAGGAGGAGCAGGGGAGUGAAUUCUGGGACCCACGUUCAGAAUUCGAGAGGAAAUUCACCACAGCGAAGAGGGAGCCGCGUACUAGGUUUCAGGCCAUGCGUGAGCGGCGCAAGACCUCCGCGGUCAUUUCAGGCCGCAUUGAGAAGGCCUCGCGAUUGCUAGCACCUAGGCCGCGAACCCAGGCCACCACCGCCCAUCUGCCAGCGGCGAACAUGAUCUGUGACACGGUCGGCCACCACCUGCGCAUCCAGUACGAAGAGUCCCGUGCGGCGUCCAAAUUCUCUUGA